ACGGAAGAGUUGAGGCCAUCUUGUGAACGAAGUCUUUUCUUUUCGAUGUUCCGCAGUCACGAGAUGAGUAAUUAAUAAGAAGAAAAGACAACAUGAAUCGCAAUCGUCUAUCGUCAAAUGUUUCUGAGAAUUCGCCCACUGACGACAGACUGCAGAACGUUUUAGGAAGUUUCGACGAUGAACAAUCUCCCAUCGUCGAAGGAAGUAAUUUGCGCUUUUCGCGAAGUGCUGCAAGGAGCGAUGUCUUUCUCGAAGAACCCGAAGCUGCUGCCCUGGCUCAAUACGAUGAUUUUAACACCAUCGAUUGGGUUCGUGAUCGGCAAAGAGAACGAAAACGUUUUCGAGAAAUGAGAAGGAUGAAGCGUGGAACUUUCUGGCAGCGACUCAGACAAGCGAACGAUGCAUGGGCUGGCUGGCUGAUAGUCUUUCUUGUUGGCCUGGCUGCCGGUCUGUGCGCCGGAAUCAUAGACAUUGGAACUACCUGGAUGACAGAUUUAAAGCUUGGCCUAUGCCCGGAAAAUCUCUGGUUUAAUAAAGAAUCGUGUUGCUGGUCGGACAACACAAGUUUUGAAGAAGUGGGUUGUAAUCAGUGGAAGUCAUGGGCUCAGAUAUUGACCCAUUCUGACAGCGGAGCUGUAGCUUACGUCAUUGACUAUUUCCUCUACAUUAUUAUUUCAUUAUUGUUCGGUUUGCUUGCUGUUACUCUUGUUCGAUGGUUUGCGCCAUAUGCUUGUGGCAGUGGGAUCCCUGAGAUCAAGACAAUAUUAAGUGGUUUCAUCAUUCGUGGUUACCUUGGGCGGUGGACACUGAUCAUUAAAUCAUUGUCGAUGAUGCUUGCUGUGUCUGCUGGUCUGAGUCUCGGAAAAGAAGGUCCUCUAGUUCAUGUAGCAAGUUGUUGUGGAAACUUCUUCUCGUACGUGUUCGCCAAAUAUCACAAGAAUGAAGCCAAGAAAAGAGAGGUUCUGUCAGCUGCUGCUGCAGCUGGUGUGUCUGUGGCUUUUGGAGCUCCUAUUGGUGGUGUCCUGUUUAGUUUAGAAGAGGUUAGUUAUUACUUUCCAAUGAAGACGUUAUGGAGGUCCUUCUUCUGUGCAAUGAUUGCUGCCUUUACACUGAAGUACAUGAAUCCCUUUGGGACUGGCCACCUGGUUAUGUUUUAUGUGGAAUACACCAAUCCUUGGAAACUCUUUGAACUUCUGCCAUUUAUUCUACUGGGGGUCUUAGGGGGGCUGAUCGGUGCUUUUUUCAUCAAAGCUAAUUUGUGGUAUUGUAAACGCAGGAAAAUGUCAAAAUUAGGAAAAUAUCCAAUUUUAGAGGUCAUACUGGUGACACUUGUUACAGCCUUGCUGGCUUAUCCCAAUCCAUAUUCCAGACAAAGUAGCAGUGUGUUAAUCAAGCACCUGUUCAGUCAGUGUGGUCCAGAUGAUGCCACAGAGUUAUGUGACUAUGAAACUAGCAACUCCACAUUGAAUGUUAAUGAUCCAAACUGGCCUGGGGCCAAGGCAGGGGCCGGAGUGCUUAAAGCAGUUUGGCAGUUGAUUCUGGCCAUGAUUUUCAAAGCUAUCAUUACAGUGUUCACUUUUGGGAUAAAGGUUCCUGCUGGGUUGUUUAUUCCAAGCAUGGCUAUUGGUGCUUGUAUGGGAAGAGUUCUUGGUAUUGGAAUGGAACAACUUGCCUUCUACAACCCACACUGGUACAUUUUUGAGUCAUCAUGUGGCAAGUCAAUUGCAACCUGCAUAACUCCUGGUUUGUAUGCAAUGGUUGGCGCUGCAGCAGUGCUUGGUGGAGUCACAAAAAUGACAGUCUCGCUUGUUGUGAUUAUGUUUGAGUUGACAGGAGGACUGAUGUACAUAGUUCCUCUAAUGGUAGCCGUCAUGAUGAGUAAAUGGGUUGGAGAUGCGUUUGUAAAGGAAGGAAUUUAUGAUGGCCAUAUACAUCUCAAUGGUUACCCAUUCCUGGACAGCAAAGAAGAAUUCACUCACACAACACUAGCAGCAGAUGUCAUGAGACCUAGAAAAAAUGACCCUCCAUUGUCAUGCAUAACACAAGACAGCUUUACUGUUGGAGAACUAGAACAACUUCUUGAAGAAACAGACUUCAAGGGCUUCCCAGUGAUUGUAGAUAACGAAUCUCAAAGACUUGCAGGGUUUGUCUUAAGGAGAGAUCUAAACAUUGCCAUUAGUCAUGCAAGGGCGCGUGAUGAAGAAGUGGUGUCGGCGUCACAGGUUUACUUCUUACCCAAUCCCCCAAGGUACCACCCGCCUGGUCAGCCACCUGCUUUGAGCCUUAGACAUAUUGUGGACCAGAGCCCAAUACAAAUCACUGACGCUACGCCCAUGGAAACAGUAGUGGAAAUGUUCCGCAAAGUUGGGCUGAGACAGACACUUGUUACACACAAUGGUCGUUUGUUGGGAAUCAUCACUAAGAAGGAUGUUCUACGUCACAUAGCCACAUUAGCCAAUCAGGAUCCAGAUUCUAUACUCUUCCAUUAAUUAUUAAGCAUGUCAGUAAUUUUGAAUGUAAGAGAGGUAUAUAUUCUUGCAGCAUCUAAUGGUUUAUCAUUUAAAAACAACUUCAUUCCAUUCGCCCUACAUUUGAAAACAUACGCUUCCUCUGACUCCCAUCAGAAGUUUCAAUUCCAGCUGCACUGUGAGAAUAGACAAAUUUUUGAUAUCUUGUAUGCCAUUAUGAAAAUAAGCUGAAAAUCAUGUUUAGCCAUAGACUAAAUUUUACAGUUUAGUGUGCACUAGUCUCACUUGCAACAUGAACUGAAAACCCAUGAAAUAAUAUUCACUAGACAUAGAAUAAAUGCAUUAUUCAAUAAUUGAUUUGUUUACAAUCUCAACAAUGUGCCAAGUGAUUUUUGACUUCUGGUAAAACACAUGCUGGGAAUUUCUUGGUUAAAGACAUUUACAAAAGGAAGAAAUUCAUAUUAUAGUAAUGAUGCAAAAAAAAAA